GUUGUCCCCACCCAAUUCAUUGCCACUUUCUAACUCACGUCCUUUGUUCCAUUUAUGGUUAUGCUGCAUUCACACCUAAAAUCUUCUUCAAAAUCUUCCUAUAUCUACCCCCCCCUUUCUCCAAUAUCUCCUCCAAAUCCCACUGAAAAUGAGGAACAGAAUCAACCAUCUCCUCCCAGGUGAUUUUUAGCAAUCACCACCAACUAUCCUUCCAAAACCUAGCUACCUUUUUCACCCUUUCCCCUCUUAGGUGCUUCCCUAAAAGCGUUCUUUUCCACAAACAUUUCACUUCCUUUUCUUUUUCACCAAAAACAACCAACAAUCUAUAACCUUUCCUUUAUCAUUAAAGCCAACCCUAGCUAUCAUAUAUCUUAAAUGUUCCACUAUUUCCUCUAAUAAUAAGAAAGAACCAUAUACAAAUUUAUAUUUAUAUUUAUGGAAGGUUUUCACCCAUCUAUGAAUAUGAGUAUGAAUAUGAAUAUGAGCAUGAGCAUGAACCCUUCUUUUUCUUACACUUUCCCUAUCACUGCUACUGCUUCUGGUGUUAGCACCAACAUAACUACUGCUCCUUACACCACUACUUCUACUACUCCAUGGAUGAACAGCAGAAUAUGGAGUAAGCUUCCACAGAGACUACUUGAUCGCAUCAUAGCUUUCCUUCCUCCACCAGCUUUCUUCCGUGCACGUUCUGUCUGCAAGAGAUUCUACUCUCUUCUCUUUUCCAACUCUUUCCUUGAAUUAUACCUUCAAGUUUCACCUCGUUUCCACUGGUUCAUCUUCUUCAAACACAAAACCAGAUCAAAAACUCACAUCUACAAAAACAGUAACAACAUCACUGAUAGUACUUCCUUUGAAGGCUACCUCUUUGAUCCUAAUGAAAUGACGUGGUACCGUAUUUCAUUUGCUUUAAUCCCUUCUGGUUUCUCACCAUCUUCUUCAUCCUCAGGUUUAGUCUGUUUUGUUUCUGAUGAAUCUGGUCCAAAAACAAUGCUUUUAAGCAACCCUUUACUUGGUUCUAUAGCUCAGUUACCACCAACUUUGCGUCCAAGACUCUUUCCUUCCAUUGGCUUAACCAUCACUCCAUCUUCCAUUGAUGUUACUGUUGCUGGUGAUGACAUGAUAUCACCUUAUGCAGUUAAAAACUUAACAUCUGAAAGCUUUCACAUUGAUGCAAGUGGGUUUUAUUCCAUUUGGGGAACAACCUCUUCAUUACCAAGACUCUGUAGUCUUGAAUCUGGUAGAAUGGUAUAUUCAAAUGGAAAAUUUUACUGCAUGAAUUGCAGUCCUUUUAGUGUUUUAGCUUAUGAUGUAGCAACAAACGCUUGGUUCAAAAUUCAAGCACCUAUGAGAAGGUUUUUAAGGUCACCUAACCUUGUUGAAUGCAAAGGGAAACUCUUACUUGUUGCCGCUGUUGAAAAGAGUAAGCUGAAUGUGCCUAAAAGUUUGAGGGUUUGGUGUUUACAAGGUUGUGGAAGUGUUUGGGUUGAAAGUGAGAGAAUGCCACAACAACUUUAUGUUCAGUUUGCUGAAAUGGAAAAUGGGAAUGGAUUUGAGUGUGUUGGGAAUGGUGAGUUUAUUGUGAUUAUGAUUAAAGGAAGUGAUAAGGGUUUGGUUUAUGAUAUUGGAAGGAAGAGAUGGCAGUGGAUUCCACCUUGUCCUUAUGCUGGUUAUGAUGGGUUUGAGUUGCAUGGUUUUGCUUAUGAGCCUAGGUUGGCUACACCUGUUAUUGCUUUACUUGAUCAAUUGGCUAUGCCACUUCCACAGUUUUAAUUCAUGGAUGCUUAAAAUAUUGGAGAAUUAAUUGGUUGGUUGGUUUAUAUCAAUGUAUAAUGUAUAAUUAUGAUGGUAUGAUAUAAGUAUGGUAAUAUUAAUAUAUAUGAAUGAAUGACUUAUAAACCUAGCUAGCUAGUCAUGAAAAGUGCAUCUUCAGUGUAAUACUCCGUUAACUUGUAGUAGUA